AUUCACCGAUAUGCCUAUCCACACGCUUUUUGAGCCUCCAAGCCAGGUAUAAAAGGGACAACCUUAAACAGUUGCUCUCAUUCUUGACCGAUCAUACCAAAGCCCGCCAAGCAUACCUUCCAAUCCUUACUGCCGAGCCAACAUGAAGACGACGCUUGUGAUUCUCCUCCUGGCACUCAGUGCUUCUGGCUACGCAGCUACAAUUCCUGCUGAUGCAACCACUAACCAGUCGGCAUUAAACGCAUUCAAGAAGAGCUACGAAGUCAUCGAGAAGAUUAUUGCGGACAAGCAACAAGCCGCGGAGCAAGAGGAAUCAGUGGCCGAAACCUUGAAGGCUCUCGCUAAUCUGCAGGCUAACGUUGAUCCGGAAAGUGAGGAGUAUUUCCUGGCGCAACUGUUUCAGAAGGCUGUGUUCUGGCUGGUACAGAAAGGUGUGUCCAAGGGUGUCGAAUACGGCGUGGGAAAAGCCAUUAAGGGAUAAUUAAAAAGCCUAUAACAGUGAGAGUGGUGAAAAAAUAAAAUAUCUGCACACAACUG